AUUCUUAAAACUAAAAUGCAUAAAUUAAUAUGGAAAUCGGCAUUUUCAGAGGCGCAUAAAAUAUUUACCAGAACAAUUGCAGAAGAUGCUAAUCUAAGAAAUGUAAAACACUGGCAGGAAAUUCCUGGACCUACUUCUUUGCCAAUAAUAGGUCAGAUGUACCAUUUUUUUCCAGGAGGGGAAUUACAUAAUGCAUUUUCGGUAGAAUUUGGAAAACAUAUAUUUCAGAAAUAUGGACAUAUAGUUAGAUUCAAUGGGUUUCUAGGCAGAAAACCUGUUGUAGUUUUAUUUGAUCCUGAAAGUAUUUCAAUGGUACUGAGAUCUGAAAAUGUAAUGCCUGUACGUCCUGGAUUUCAAACACUGACCUACUACAGAAAAUGUAAAAACAAAAACAAUCAACCAAUGGGAUUAAUUGCCGAUAUUGGUGAGCCAUGGAGGAAGUUCCGUACAGUAAUAAAUCCGGUGAUGCUACAGCCUAAGAUUAUCAAACUUUACCACGACAAGCUAGAUGAAGUCGCCAUGGAUAUGGUAGCCAGGCUGCGAUUUCUACGAGGUAAGAACGGCAUGAUCCAGAGGCCAUUUGAUCUGGAAAUGAAUCUCUGGUCAUUGGAGUCAGCGAGCUUGGUGGCCCUCGGGCGUCGUCUCAACUGCUUCGACCUGAAUCUACCUUCAGACUCACCUGAGAGGAGACUCAUAGAUUUAGUCCACGAGGUGUUCAGGGUAGCAGACGAAUUGGACUUCAGACCCAGUUUGUGGAGAUACUUUCCCACCAGAGCCUUUAAGAGGGCAAUGAAGCUAUACGAAGAACAAGACAAGUAA